UCUUUAUUACAAAUGAGUAAACCAAAUUCCCUCUUUUGCUUCUUGUUAUGAAAUUCCCUCAGUUUCCAUAUUUCUUCAAGUUCCAAUCUUUCCCUCAUUUUCACAAGCUAUUCUUUUCCUCACAACCAAAAUGGAAUUCCAAGCACAACCCAAAUCUUGUAAUCACCCACCCAACUCUUAUCCUCAUAGAAUCUUGCAAUUCAAUUUCACACAUAAAGCAAAUUCAAGCCAAUAUGAUACACACUGGCAUGAUUUCACACAUUUUCCCUAUCAGUAGACUUAUAUCCUUUUGUGCUUUGGAUGUUAAUGGUGAUAUAAACUAUGCAAAUGCUUUGUUUUCAGAAAUUAAUGAACCUAAUGUGUAUAUUUGGAAUACUAUGAUAAGGGGUUUUGUUAAAAAUCAGUUCUUGGAAAUGAGUUUUUGUUUGUUUAGGAGAAUGGUAAGGGAAAAGGUUGAAAUGGAUAAGAGAAGUUAUGUUUUUGUGUUGAAAGGGUGUGGGGUUUUGGAGGGGAUGGGGGUGCAUUGUAGGAUUUGGAAAGUUGGGUUUUUGAGUGAUUUGAUUGUGAGGAAUGGUUUGGUUCAUUUUUAUGGGGGAAGUGGGGAAAUUGUUGAUGCACAGAAGGUGUUUGAUGAAAGUCCUGUUAGGGAUGUAGUUACUUGGACUAGCUUGAUUGAUGGGUAUGUGAAAAUGAAUAUGGUUGAUGAGGCAUUGAGGUUGUUUGAUUUGAUGUGUUCAAGUGGUGUUGAGUUUAACGACGUUACGUUGAUAACUGUGUUUUCUGCGUGUUCGUUGAAGGGGGAUUUGAGUCUGGGGAAAUCGGUUCAUGAACUUGUGGAGAACAGAGGUGUGGAAUGCAGUCUUAAUUUGAUGAAUGCCAUAUUGGAUAUGUAUGUGAAAUGUGGUUGUUUGCCUAUGGCUAAAGAGAUAUUCGAUAAGACGGAGAUCAAGGAUGUGUUUUCAUGGACAAGUAUGAUCCAUGGCUAUGCAAGAAAUGGGGAGGUAGACUUGGCAAAGAAGUGUUUUAGUGUGAUGCCUGAACGAAAUGUAGUUUCUUGGAAUGCGAUGAUUGCUUGCUACUCGCAAAAUAAUAGACCUUGGGAGGCCCUUGAACUCUUCCUUGAAAUGGAGAAACGAGGUUUGGUUCCCAUGGAAAGCACUUUGGUCUCUGUGCUCUCUGCUUGUUCUCAAUCUGGUUCUUUGGAUUUUGGUCAACGAAUUCAUGAUUACUAUAUUAAGCAAAAACGGAUUAAAUUCAGUGUGAUCCUGGCAAACGCAUUAAUAGACAUGUACGGAAAAUGUGGAAACAUGGAUGCAGCUGGAGAGCUCUUCCACGAAAUGCAAGAAAGAGAUUUGGUCUCCUGGAAUUCAGUAAUAGUAGGAUGUGCUUCUCAUGGUCUCGCCGAGAAGGCUGUCACUCUUUUUGAACAAAUGAAAUGCUCGGGACUCAAGCCUGAUAGCAUCACAUUUGUGGGUGUUCUAUCAGCAUGUGCUCAUGGUGGAUUGGUCAAUCAAGGCUGGGAGUACUUUAGGAGCAUGGAAUUAAAUGGCUUGAUUCCCGGGGUGGAACACUAUGCUUGCAUGGCUGAUUUACUUGGCAAAUCAGGGCAUCUGAAAGAAGCUUUUGAGUUCACAAAGCAAAUGCCGGUGGAACCUGAUAAAGCUGUUUGGGGUGCUCUGCUUAACGGUUGUCGGAUGCAUGGAGAUGUUGACCUAGCCAAGGUUGCUGCUGAGAAACUUAUAGAACUAGAUCCUCACGAUAGCGGUAUUUAUGUGCUUCUUGCAAGCUUGUGUGCUAAUGAGAGGAAAUGGGCUGAUGUUAGAAUGGUUAGAAGUUUGAUGAGAGCUAAAGGUGUAAAGAAGAAUCCAGGACAUAGUUUGAUAGAGGUCGACGGUAACUUCUACGAAUUUGUGGCUGCUGACGACUCACACCCCGAAUCUCAGGCAAUACAUAAAAUGCUUGAUGAGAUUAUAUUGCUCUCUAAGUUAGAAGAAUAUGUUUCUGAUGCACAGCCAGAACAAACAUGACAAAUACACUGUGAUCCAGCCAGUAAGUCUUGACAGGCAUGGAAGCACUUCCAAUUCCUCCGGUCAGUAAUUACUAACUCGUGAUUG